CGUCGUUUGUUCAAUAACCACAUCUCAUUACAAUCAAAGACUUGGGACUAGCAACAAUCUUCACCCCAUACACAUAAAUACAAAUUUAUUUAUUUAAAUUUUUCAAUUUUUCCUAGCAGUAACAAAGAUGUGCGAACAUGUGUGCGACGAUUUGGAGACCUUCAACCCGGAGAAGGAGUUUCAAAAGUUUAUGAAACGCAAACCGGUGGUCCAGACGGCUAAACUCUAUGAGAAUCUACACAAGCGUGAGGAUAUUAAAUGUCCCUACAACUUCAAGGGAUAUGGCGUUGAGACUGAUACCAAUACCAUGUAUCGUACUUGUAAUUCAGAAUAUGGUUACUAUGCUCCCAAUGCCUAUACUAUACCAUCGCGAUUCUAUCCUCUGCCGCAGAGAUUCUCCAAUGAAGUGGUUCGCUUUGGCAUGUAUCGGAACUUUUCGCUCAAUACCCACAUGGAUCGUACAUUCUACUAAUGGGAAACUUAACUUGAAAUGUUUCAAAUCAUUUAUGCAGUUUUUUCGAUUGGUUUUCUUAUGCAUUUAAAUUAAUCAUUCAGAUACACAACAAGUACAUGCACCCAAAAAAAACAGUUGAAAAGUUUGUUAAAAUUAAAAGAAAACAAAUGCCGAGAUGAAGAAUUUGAAAACUUA